AUACAUACAUAGUCACAUAGAUAGAUACACAAAGGUGGGUGUAUAGCGGCUCAACACAGCAGCAAAGCAAGAAAGAAAAAGAAGGCAAAAAUGGAGACAGCAGCAGCCGCAAGAACUGUGAAAGAUGUAUCCCCACAUGAGUUUGUUAAGGCUUAUGCCGCUCAUCUCAAACGCUCCGGCAAGAUGGAGCUUCCUGAAUGGACUGAUAUAGUCAAGACUGCUACUUUUAAGGAACUUGCUCCCUAUGAUCCUGAUUGGUAUUAUAUUAGGGCUGCUUCAAUUGCGAGGAAGAUCUACUUGAGGGGUGGUCUUGGUGUUGGUGGAUUCCAGAGGGUUUAUGGUGGGCGUAAGAGGAACGGAAGUGCUCCACCGCAUUUCUGCAAGGCGAGUGGUGGCAUUAUCCGUCACAUUCUUCAGCAGUUGGAAACCAUGAAGAUUGUUGACAUGGAUCCUAAGGGAGGAAGAAGGAUCACGUCCAAUGGCCGCCGAGAUCUUGACCAAGUUGCUGGGAGAACUGCAAUUGCAGCUUGAAGAGAUCUAUCGUUUGAUUAAUGUCGUAAUUUUGAUGUUAUGUAGCUUAUGAAUUUAGCAAGAAACAAGUUUUGGUGGUUUUAAGAUUUUGAGAUGUCUAUUUGGUUGAUACUUAUGCCAAUAUGUGUUGAACUUGCUUUUGUUUGGAAUAUGAGACUUCCUUAAUCGUG